AAGAGAAAAGAAUGAGGUUGAAAUUAGUAGCAGCUAAAAUCUCCUCUUAUCUGAGCUCGCAAACAGCACCUGUCCUGUAAAUCAGCAGGGCAGCCUUAUUAUUCGACUCCCAUGGCCAUUUCUGCACCUUAUUUAUUAUAAAGAACAAUCCCUUGGAAAUAUUGGCCCAUUAAUUCAGCAGCAGAAAAGAAGACAUGGCCUUAGUCCACAAUUCCCAAGUUUUCUCUUCUUUUCCAGCAAUCAAGUCUGGCCCAUAUCCCAAAAUCAUGAAAUCGAGGACUCUCAAAAUCUCAGCUUCAGAAGAUAAGCCUCAGAACCAGAAGGCUGAAACUGAUCCUGUGAAGCUUGCAUUUUUAAAAGCUAAGGCUUACAAGAAAGAAACUAAAUUAGCUAAUGAUAGUGAUGAUAAAGUGGUGUCUUCAGCUGAUAAACUUGCAUUGGACACUAACACUCUACAAGAAAGAUCAAAUAAAGGGAAUGGGGAAAGUGACAUAAAUGCCUUACCCAAAAAAAGUGUUAGUAAGAAGGAAAAGUUGAUGAUCUCAAGUAGUGAUUUCGUGGGGCUUGGUUUUUCUGAUAAAAAGCAAAGCAGGGGACUGCCUGCUGGAUUGGUUCCAAUAGUAGACUCAUUCCCUGAAGGAAACUUGCCUGAUGUAGAGAUACUUGUUGGGGAUACAAGCAAGUUUGUGGAUACCGAGACAUCAAAGUCAAACCGCAUCCGAGAAGAUGACACGAAUACCUAUAAGCCGAAGAUUUCCACGUGGGGAGUUUUCCCCAGACCAAACGACAUCUCAAAAGCUUUCGGCGGUGGAAGAACUUUACGUCCAGGAGAGGCUCUGGAAUCAGCAGAAGAGAAAGCAGCUAAAGAAGCACGUACAAGGGAGCUACUUGCUGCCUACAAGAAAAGAGUAGGCCUAAGCAUUGAUCCAAACAUAAAACUUGAAUGUGAGAAGGCACUGAAGGAUGGAGACUCUUUCAUGGACCUUGGCAAGCUCAGGGAAGCACUACCAUUCUAUGAGAAAGUUAUGAAUGAGUUGCCAUUUCAGACUGAACUUCAUGGAUUAGCUGCACUGCAGUGGUCUAUUUGUCAAGACUCGCUUCGUAGGUCAAAUGAAGCUCGUUCAAUGUACGAGAAGCUUCAGUCUCAUCCUAAUGGUCAAGUGAGCAAGAAAGCAAGGCAAUUCAUGUUCAGCUUUCAGGCUAUGGAAAUGAUGAAGGUAACUGGCUCAACAUUCUCUUCAAUGAAUCUUGGCUAUCAGAAUUAUUUCAACGCCUUUAUUAGGGAUAAAGUAAACUAUUCCUUAAAAGAGGAUGAACCUGAAGAAGGUGCAAUUCGACAGGCAAUCCCGUACAUUAUAUUUCUUCUUUUCCCUAUUUUUAUUGUGUUACUAAUUGCUCUACGAAAGGGUGUAUAAACUUUGUAUUUAAAUAUCUUGAAUGUCAGACAAGAAUAACUUUGGAACUGAAAUGCAUGUUGCUCCCUCGUA